AUGUUCAGUAACCUCAUCGGUAGGUCGGCACUUGUAAGUCAGUCCGCUGGCGCCAUGGUAUUCUUCUCGUCGUUUUGACGAGUCUGAGGCCUUCCCGACCUUAAAGAUUCCCUCCAUCAGAAUAGCCCCCGAGCCCCGCACCCCGCGGCUCAGCUUCGACCCCAUGACCCUUUGAACCUUCAUCGGCUCCAACUCAAGGCCGCUUUGAACUCGCGAAAGGAUCGAGGAGCUGUUAUACUUUUCUCCCCUAUUCGCACGUGUCUCGCGAGGAGAACAAAGAACGUAUUACCCAUUGGCAGGAGGUUUCCCCGUUAUUCUCUCCGAUUUGCGAUUCAAACCAUUGGUAGCCCCGACCAGCGUGCGGGAAGGCGCGGAGAACUAAAGGCAGCCCGCCUGUCCAGUCGCAGCUCAGUGGCCCAAUCUCACGCCCGCGGGCACCCUUUGCCUAGUUACACCCCACCUUCCGAAACUGCUCGAGGGCAUCCUGCCUGGCUCCCGAAACCAACCACCACGACCUCCUUCUCCUUCGCUCUCUUCCAGCUUGACCGCCCGCUAUAUCUCUCCACAGUAUCGGGUCGAAGCAGUACUUGAGCGAGCCACCACGCAUUUGAGCUGCUGUAUCCCCUACAGUUCUGCUGCAUAUCCGGGCCCUCCGGCACGGUGUAGCAACUUCCCGCAUCUGCACCUCCGCUCUCUCUGACGUGGAAGAGAGCAAGCCAGCAGCACCGGAACUGCAGCCUUUUGGCUCCUCUCUAACAUAAUCUGGACCUCAGCAGUCAGCCCAAAGCUUCCCGGACAGACCUCCAGAGCCAUGAGCGCGGCGACCUCAUCCAACAAAACUGUGGUGCUCAGCCUCUCCACGGAUCCGUCUUCGGGCUCCGACGUCCUGUUCCCCGAACGUCGCAUUGUCUUCCAUCAGGGGAAGGACAACAUCAUAGUCGGGCGAGCGUCCAAGGUUUCCGUGAAAGGCUACGUCGCAGGCAUCGAGAAUGCGUGGUUCUAUAGCCCGGUGAUGUCCAGACACCAUGCCCAGAUCUUUGCCAGAAUGGAUUGCAACAAAGUUGAGAUCAAGGACCUAGGCUCGCUCCAUGGCACAUUUUUGAACGGAGACGAGCGUAUCUCUGCUGAUGAGUUUCGCGAACUCAAGGACGGAGAUGUAUUGCGAUUUGGCGCGCCGAUUUGGCGGGGAGUAGAGCAGUUUGUUCCCACCACGGUCAAAGUCGGCCUCGAAUUUCCCAACCAGGACGGUACCAGCACGUUUCAAGUUCCCGAUGAAUCCGACGACGACGACGACGACGGGUCCGACGUCGAUCAAUCUAGCAAUGAUGAGAACAUGAAACUGGGAACCAACGCGCGUCACCUGACGACGCCGGGCGGCUUUGCCCCAUCCAACGCGGCUGUUGUGCCCAGCAUUGAUCUGACCGGCUCAGACGCCGGCCAUCAGUCUCGUCAGGUCAUUGACCUGUCAACACCGCGGGGCUCACCAAUUCCAAUCGACGAGAACGAGGGAACGACCAGCUUUUCCGAGCGCAAGAUCGAUCAAACUGAGGAUGCCGCUGACAACCAGGCGACUAGUUUUGAGCUCGGGGGAUUGGCGGAUCGCGAGAAGUCGAGAGACAGAACUGACACUCCUGCUAGCAUGGUUGAUCAUCAUCAUGACAGAUCUCGGCCUGCAUGGGGCAGUUCCCCGAGUUCCGAUUCCGUUGAUUUCUCUCCCAGAUUGCGCAUUGUCAGCUUCGACGAGUCAGAUGAAGAACUUGAAAGCGAGCGGUCAGCCUGCAGUGAGACUACGAGCGAUGAAGGCAUGGAUGGUUCCGAUGAUCUGGACGACCUGAACAGUUCAGAGAGCGUCCACGACAGCGAAGGAGACUUCGGAGACCAUCCAUCAGACGACGGUGGUUUUGGCUUUGAGUCAGACAAUAGUAUGGACACAGACCAUCCCCAACACGACUGGGGCAACCUCCCACAGUCUACCGAAUUCUUGGACUUCCCAGAGAUCGAGCCACUGGUUAAAUCUUUGUCCCGCGGCCCCGUCGCUCUCGCGCAGGGUCAGACCGCCACCGGAGGGAAUGGGGUGGUCAGUAUUGACUUGUUGCUGAAUAGCGAUAAGCCUCAGUCUCCAAUUGCGGUACAUGCUGGAGAUCCCUCGACUUCAGCCCCAGGUACCAAGACGGCCGAAAUUCUGGGCGCCAGGACGGGAAAAAUGGACUACUUCCUUGCGCGAGAGGAAAACAGGACCACGCUCAUGACACAGAAAGCCGUUGCCACGCGCCUUCCUUCGGUCCGGGAUCUUUGCAAUAACGAUGAGCCCAUGGAUGGACUAAAAGACCACCAAUUUAACCCGGCAGCGCACAUAACGUCUCCAUUCUCGCAGUCUCAAUCUGGCCAUGUCGGCCACCGCACGACUUACUCGCCUGGUGAGCCACACAUCAUUGGCUCACCCGUAAGCCUCGUCGAAGGAUUGGACGAACACUCCCGUCGAACCCACGUGGGCAUAUCCGACAUCGUCAACACCUCUCAGGCAGACCAUAGUGAGGUGGCCUCUCACAAGAAAACGGAGAUAUCCUUUCCAACUCCGCCGCCCGUCGAAGAGACGCAGCCUCACUCAUCGCAAUGCAACCGUGAGCGGACGCAGACGGCCGGGGAACCUCGUGCAGUUUCCGCAGCCCAGGCGGACGAAGAUUCGCAACCACCCAACCGCGGCGAAGGAAAGCGGAAGGCAGAUGAAAUUUCAUCUGCAACCCAAGAGGAGGAAGAGUGGGCUGCUGUUACAGCCCAGGCCACACAGUCAGAGUCUCCGCUGCGGCAGGGGGGGGCCAUCAACCAACAUGUCAGAACGUCGGACCAGGCUGGAAGGCACCCUUCAAAUUCGGUAUCGUAUGAAAGGUCAACGAAGAGGGCGAGGAUGAUGCGUAUCGCGGAGCGUCUCGGAUAUGCCGCUCUCGGUGGUGUGACAGCGGGGGCCAUGAUUGUUGGCACGCUCAUCUACACUGCCCCCACGUUCAGCUGAGAGCAGUGACAAACGUGAUGACUUGUUUUGCUUUGUUUGGGAUUUGACUUGCGUCUUCAUCUCUUCGUUUCGCCUACUUAACGAGACAUUACUGGUUUCAGGAGGAAAUGAAUGGCGUUUGUGCCUGUGUGGGAGCACGGAAAUGGUAUCAUGAGAAGUGGCUCAGGGACGGGACGGGAA